AUGUCCCGUGCUGCUGGUAUCGAGCAGGAAAACGACUCCCAGUUCAACCUCCUGGCCAGCAAAAUCUCUACGUUCAAGAAUGUAGCCAAUGACAUUAACAACUACGCGCAAGAGGACUCCACCACGCUGUCUAACGUGUCCAACGCCAUGAACGCGCUGUUUGAAAACGUGAAAACAACAUCGUCCAAGCUGGGCCGCGUGGUCGCCAGCAAACCGCAGACGUUCCGCAUGGUGGUGGUCGGAGUGCUGGGCUUCUUCAUCAUUUACACGUUAUUGAAAUUAAUAUGA